AUGCCCCUCCCCAAAAGGAAAAUCCUGCUGCUCUUUUCAUUGUGCAAAUACCUCUCUGUCUGUCUCUCCCCGUCUCUGCCGGCCCGAGUGGGUCCGGGUGGGUCCGGGACAGCCCGGCCCGGGCGCCGGGGCGAACAAUGCCCCAUUCACGCGGCCCGCCGGCGCCAUGGCAACGCGCCCGCCCCGCCCUCCCUGCGCGCGGGCCGCUCGUGCCAAGAGGAUGCCAUGGUUACGUCAGGCGCGUGCCCGUACCGCGCGCUCGUGAAGGGGCCGGGCCAGCAGGGGGCGCCCGGAGGUAACCUCUGCCUGGAGUCAGGAGGGGCCAUCCUGCUUCAAGGGGACUUCAGCCACUCGGUGCCUCGGUUUCCCCUUCUGUAA